ACACGUACGGAUGGAUAAUCCAUGGAAAUGAUACCUGUUUUUAUAAGGUUUUGGAUCUAAACAAAGAUCGAUGCUUCUUAUCCUUGUUGUUGUUUGUAAGAUUAUUACAGUUCAUCACGAGGAAAUGAUUUUGCUUUGAAUUAAAAACAAAUAAUUUCUACUAUCUCUUUCUUUCUGUUUUUUUUUUUCGUUUUGUGAUUAUUUAAUGCUUCAAAUCUGACCAAACCAUGAAGAAGAAGCUUGAUACUCGUUUUCCAGCUUUUGAAGAAUUUGGUGGAAGCUGUGGCAUCAGCCUUGUGAUAUUGAGGCAUAUAUAGAUGAAGUUGCCUUUGUUGUUGGAGUGUUUAGCUGGUGAGGCUCGCAUAAAGAAAAUUAUGCAAGCUGAUGAGGAUGUUGGGAAGAUAGCACUGGCAGUGCCUGUUUUAGUUUCCAAAGCAUUGGAAUUGUUUCUGCAAGACCUCUGUGACCGUACCCAUGAGAUCACCCUUCAGCGAGGAGCAAAGACUAUGAGUGCUUUGCAUUUAAAACAUUGUGUACAGAGCUAUAACGUGUUUGAUUUUCUGAGAGAAAUUGUCAGCAGGGUUCCUGACUACAGUCAUGGUCAUUCCGAUUCCACAGGGGAUCAUAGACCUCUUCAAAAGAGAAAGCCCACUGGAGAUGAAUGCAAUGACAGUGACGAGGAGUUGAAGAGAAGCAGGAUGCAUGAGAUGAGCCAUGCAGGCAGCAGUGGCAGAGGAAGAGGUCGAGGACGAGGGAGAGGUCGUGGAAGAGGUGCUCGAAAUAUAGAAAGAGAGUCUUCUAGUCGUGACCUUGAACCAGAAUCCUGCACAACUGUUCAGCAGAGCAUUAAAAAUAACAACAAUCCUGGAGUAGUGAUGGACAAUGGCUCAGAGUCUAAGGAAUCAGUGAAGGAAAAUAACAGGGUCAGUGAUGCUACCAAUCAACCAGAACGAAACUUUGAUCUGAAUGCAGAGGUUAAUGAUAGUGAGGAUGCAAAGGCUGCAGCAGCGCCAGCUGCCACCACCACAACAACAACCACCACCUCAGCCCCCAGCUCAUCAGUAGAGCCUGCUGCUGAAACUAACCAUGAAGAAUAUCCAGGUUGGUCACUUUCUGAAAUGGACAAGAUCGUUAUUGACCCUCUUCAGCUUGCACAGCUCAGCAAAAGAUUAGACGAGGAGGAGGAAGAUUACGACGAAGAAGGCUGAUUAGCUGAUCUUAAUAUCAGCUGGCUCUUAGAAAAGAUUAGUGGUUGGGAACACAAUUAAUAGGCAUGGAGACAAGGAGAGAAGAAACAGCAGGACUCAACCACAUAGAUGCCCUAGGUGGAAAACGGAGAUAUGCGCUGUCCAUUCUCCCUACGAAAAGGCUGGUUCUGAUUUUCUACUUUUAUUCUGUGUCAUCAUCUUUAUGCAUCCUCUGUGAUGCCAUUCUCUAACAACUUCCUAUAGUGGUAGAUUUUCUGAAAAUGUGAGAUAGUCUGUGUAACUUAACUAUCUGAUGCAGGAAGGAUGGGGUAGCCCUAGUAGGAGCUGUAGUUUGAGAAUGUUUUAUGUGAACUCUCUUUGUUUUAGUUUAGCCAUAUUCCAGUAGGAUGUA